AUGAUUCACUAUAGCAAGUGCAUUGAGACAACUGGAAGUUUGUCUCAAACACCAGCCGAAUCUCCAAGCGAAGAAGAAGAAGAUGAAGAAGAAGAUAUUGACCACGAGACGGAAAGUGAAAUUGAUUUUACCUCUGAGGAUAUGCUGAAAAAUAUUAAUGAUAUUAUAAAAUUAUGCGAAGAAAGUUGCAAUAUCAGGUAUUUGAGCACGUUAGUUUAUAUGUCACUCAGACAUUUCCAAAAUUUGACAAUGAAUGAACCACCCGGUGAACAUGAUCAUUAG